UCGUCCAGUUGGCGGCGGCAGCGCGAGCGACGCCGCCGGCGCGACAGCAGCCAGAGCCGCGCCUCCCGCUCGCGCUCGCGCUCGCGUUCGGCCAGCGUGCAGGACGACGAGGACGGCCACCUGAUCUACCGCACGGGUGACGUGCUGCGCGACCGCUACCGCAUCGUCGGCUUUCUCGGCGAGGGAACAUUUGGCAAGGUGGUGCACGCCAAGGAUCUGGCCAAGGGCGGCCGCUCGUGCGCGCUCAAGAUCAUCAAGAACGUGGAGAAGUACCGCGAGGCGGCGCAGCUGGAGAUCAACGUGCUGGAACGACUGGCUGAGAAGGACCCGCACGGCAAGCAGCUGUGUGUGCACUUGUGGGACUGCUUCAACUAUCACGGCCAUACGUGCCUUUCGUUCGAGAUCCUUGGCAAGAGCGUAUUCGACUUCCUCAAGGACAACAACUAUCAGCCUUACCCGAUCGAGCACGUGUUGCACAUGGGCUACCAGCUGUGCCACGCCGUCAAGUUCCUGCACGACAACAAGUUGACCCACACCGACCUCAAGCCGGAGAACAUUCUGUUCGUCAACUCGGACUACGACCUGGUGCCGGACAGCCGGCGGAAACGGGAGACGCGCGUCGUACGCUGUCCCGACAUCCGACUGAUCGACUUCGGCAGCGCCACCUUCGACCACGAACACCACAGCACAGUGGUGUCGACGCGACACUACCGCGCGCCCGAGGUCAUCCUCGAGCUGGGCUGGGCGCAGCCGUGCGACGUCUGGAGCGUCGGCUGCAUCCUGUUCGAGCUGCUGCUGGGCUACACGCUGUUCCAGACGCACGAUAACCGCGAGCACCUGGCCAUGAUGGAGCGCGUGCUGGGCCCGCUGCCCGCCGCCAUGGUGCAGCGCACCAAGACCAAGUACUACCGCGGCGGCCGGCUCGACUGGAGUGACCGCUCGUCGGCUGGUCGCUACGUGCGUGACAACUGCCGUCCGCUGCGCCGCUACCUGCCGCGACCCGACGACGCCGACCAGGCCCUUCUCUUCGAGCUGAUGGAGGCAAUGCUGGUGCACGAGCCGACGGCGCGCGCCACGCUCGGCCAGGCGCUCCGCCACCGCGUCUUCGACCGGGGAGCGUUUCGUUACACCGGUACUGUGUGGCGCCAUGUCUGGCCCGAGUGAGUUCGGCUUCGGCGUACCGACGC